UUGUGAGACUGAGUCCCUUGCCUGUGGGGGUCUACGCUAUAUUCAAGCAGUGUCAGAAUUGACGUGACUUGCAGGUUGUCAUAGGUGUCCAGAGAACCAUGAAACCACCAGUCAACCACCAAACUGACAUCUGGCGUCAGAAGUGUCCUAAGUAGAAAGCCCCUCUUUGACUUCCUUCGGAUGCAAGUUACUAGCAGACUGCUUCUCGGCCUUGCCAGGAAACUAGUAAGUUCCUCUGGGAUCAAAUAGAAUUUUAUAAGAACAUAAUGGAUGGAGAGGAGAAAACCUAUGGUGGCUAUGAAGGCCCUGAUGCCAUGUAUGUGAAAUUAAUAUCUUCUGAUGGUCAUGAAUUUAUUGUAAAAAGAGAACAUGCAUUAACAUCAGGAACAAUAAAGGCCAUGUUGAGUGGUCCAGGUCAGUUUGCGGAGAAUGAAACCAAUGAGGUCAAUUUUAGAGAGAUCCCUUCACAUGCGCUAUCGAAAGUGUGCAUGUAUUUUACCUACAGGGUCCGCUAUACUAACAGCUCCACUGAAAUUCCUGAAUUCCCAAUUGCACCUGAAAUUGCACUGGAACUGCUGAUGGCCGAGAACUUCCUAGAUUGUUAAAUAAAAUAAAUUAUAAUAAACUGUUAAAAAAGAAAAAAGAAAAAGAAA